AUGGCCGGGAAGAAGGAGGCCGCGAAGAGGGAGCUGCGGGAUAUCGAGAAUAUCCUGCAGGGUAUCUACGACCCUAGGAAGUUCGAGGGCGUAGAAAGGAAGAAAAAGGUGAGGGAGUUGCAGGAACAGAUCCCCCAACUCCCCACCCGGGAUCUUGUUGCCAAGGUGAUAAAAUACAGCAGCAAGAUCGAUGAGGCGGCCAAGAGGAGCCAAAAUUUGAAAGGCACCUUCGUUGGCCUCAUAAGGGACGGGGCCCUGUAUACCAGGGUCGCCGUGGAUGCCCUGUCCACAAGGCUGAGGGGGGAGGCGAGUGAGAGAGAAGAGCAGAUGAGGGAGGAGCUGGCUUCCCUCAAAGCUCAGGUCGCCGGCCUCCUGAGGGAGAAGGAGGAGCGAGACCGGAGAAGGAUGCCGCCGCCGCCCCCCCCCGGCCCUCUACUGGCGGGACGGCACGCCACCCCGCCGGAAGAGAAUGUAAGGGAGGAGGAAAUGCCGGAGGUGGGCGACGACAGCCUACCGACGGAGACUCCUCCCCCCGGGGAAAGAGCGGCCGCUCCUCCCCCUGAGAAGAGGACCUGGGACGUCGUCACGCCGAGUGCGGCUGGCACGUCCCGGGCCUCGACAUCAAGAGCGGCACGCUCGAGAACGAGGAAGGAGAGGUCCGUUUCAAGGAAAAGGGCCAACCCGGAAACCUCUGCGAAGGAUCCCCCUCGGCCUCCCCCCCGUGCCCCGCAGCAAAACGCGGGGAAGCCCCUGACAGGUAUGGCGGGGAACAUCACGGGGGAGGAGAUCGAGAGGAGGAUGGAGGAGAUCGUCGGUCGAUCUCAACAGGAGAUCGACCAGCGCCUCCAACGCAUGGAGGAGAUGAUCAGGACCCUGGUCGACGGCGGGGCCCGUGAUAGCGGCCCUGCGGCGGACCCCACCGCCCCUCGAAAGGGGGGAGGGGGCGCCGUUAGGGACCGCCCGGUUCCCGGGACCAACCAGGGAAAGGGAUCUAAGGGAAGCAAAGAUCCCCCAAAGGAGGCAGCGAACGCUGUAGGGGGGUAG